AUGUCAAAUCCAGUGGGCAGUUUAACUGAAUGCCCAGGGUAUGGAUCCCGGAUGGGGAUGACAGAGGACACACUCUCCAUCCUGGAGCGAAACAGAGGCUCUGCAGAACUCUGGGACCUCGGGGAGACCAAACCAAGCGGUGACGCCCUGGAGCGUGGCGUGCCAGGCCUCUACCUGUCCUGCUUCGACAUGCUCCUCACCGAAGACGCCACCUGGCUGGUGAAAGUGUCAGAGGCCUCCCCGGCGCUGGCUUUACCCAUGACUCGCAUGGAACCCCAGGAUGAACCAGAGCAGUGCCCCGUCAUCGAUAGCCAGGAACAGGGACUCUCCCCUGGGCUGGAGGGGCAGGAGGAGGAGCGGACUCUGGAGCAGGUGCAGAGCAUGGUGGUGGGAGAAGUGCUGAAGGACAUUGAAACAGCCUGCAAACUGCUCAACAUCACCCCAGACCCCAUAGAGUGGAACACGGGCAACGUCCAGAAGUGGCUGCUGUGGACUGAACAUCUGUACAGGUUGCCCCACGCAGGAAAGGCCUUCCAUGACCUGACAGGAAAGGACCUGUGCGCCAUGAGCGAGGAGGAGUUUCGCCAGCGCUCGCCGCAGUGCGGAGACACGCUGCAUGCACACCUGGACAUAUGGAAGUCAGCUGCCUGGAUGAAAGAAAGGUGUUCAGUUGGAGAUACAAAAACUACCGGCGGCGAGGAUCUUUGGUCCGAGGCCGAUUCGUCUUGUUCCGGUCAGCCCAUUCAUCUGUGGCAGUUCCUCAGAGAGCUCCUGCGUAAACCUCACAACUAUGGACGCUGCAUUCGCUGGCUCAAUAAAGACAAAGGUAUUUUUAAAAUCGAAGACUCGGCUCACGUCGCCAGAUUGUGGGGACUCAGAAAGAACCGACCUGCCAUGAACUAUGACAAGCUGAGCCGCUCCAUACGGCAGUACUACAAGAAGGGCAUCAUCCGCAAGCCCGACGUGUCUCAGAGACUGGUGUACCAGUUUGUUCACCCAGUAUGA